AUGAAACUGGAAGAAGAAGAAGAAGAAGAAGAAGAAGAAGAAGAAAAGGAAGCAGAGGGAGUGAAUGGUGCUUUGAAACCCACAGGAGCUAUUGGCAGGAACUCCGACGUCCAAAACAAGAUCUCAUUUCCAGUUGUCACAUUUUCGGCGAUGAACCCCAAAACCCAGACGCUGUCUGUCAUGAAACCCCACAAGUCCUCCAAGCAAUAUCGAUGUUCCAAAGGAAUCCAAUACUCAAAACAUACACAGGAUUUGCCCUCUGGAUUCAAGGAGCCAAACUUCGACUUAGUUCAGCCACAAUUUCUCAAGCCUCCGUUCACAAUAUCAGUCACGACAAACCACCAAUUGGAGAUUUUACACUUCACCACUCCGUGGCUUAUGACCUGCAUAAAUCAAAGCAUCGAAGAGAAGUCCUGA